AAAGGAGUUCUUCACUUUGGAAUUGCGGGGAAUGCAAAUCCUGAGCUUGAGAUCGGCGAUGUAACCAUUCCUCAGUAUUGGGCUCAUACAGGCCUCAUGGGUUUGGCAGUUGAAGAGGGUGAUGACAAUUAUAAUAAAUUGUUCUGCACCCCAUUGCAUAUUGUACACAUGCAUACAAUGAAAAUGCAUUACGAUGAUGACAAUUGUAAUUGUCAUCAUCGUCUUGCAGAACGAUCCAUUGUAGUUGCAGAACAAUUCAUUCGUUAUGGACAAGGCCCUAAUGAUGAACUACCUUUAGAAGUUAACGAAGAUUACACGAGAACAGUCGGAUACCUAAAAUUCUCAGACUUUACAAACAGCACGGCGGACGGAAAAUUCACGGACAAUUAUUUGAACAAUGUAUGGUAUCAACCGGAAGAGAUUUUCUCAAAAAAUGGACAGCCAGAAGAAAGACAACAUGCUUAUUGGGUUUCUGUUGAUCCUUACUAUUUCUCCCUUGCCAAAAAUCUCGAGGCGAUGAAGUUGAACGGAUGCGUGAAUGCAACCACAUGUUUACCACGACCACCAAAAGUUACAAGAGUCCAAAGAGGUGCAAGUGCCAAUGUUUUUGUAGACAAUGCUGCAUACAGGGAAUUUCUGUAUACAAAAUUCAAUACAACAGCAGUUGAUAUGGAAAGUGCAGCCGUGGCUCUCAUAUGUCUUCAGCAAAACACUCCUUUCAUUACAUUCAGAGCUCUUUCCGAUUUAGCUGGUGGGGGUUCUGCUAUUUCUAAUGAAGCUGAUCUCUUUUCUCCCUUGGCUGCUCAAAAUUCAGUUGAUGUUUUAGUUCAGUUUAUUACCUUGGUUAAUUGAUUUCUUCAAUUAC